GGACCGAGAUGCUUCACGUCUGUCUACUUCCGCUUUUGCUUAAAUUCGCCAAGAUAAAGUCGCUGUCUCGCAAUUUCAUCAGUCAACCGAACAAUUAUUUCUUAUAUCGUAUAUUGAUUGUAUGUAAUGUUUGCGAUAGGACUCCAGAUAAGAAAAUCAAGUUGUAAAUCUACGAUGAAUCGACAGGUUGUCGAUAAACCAACACGCGAUAAUUUCUAUGUUUUAGGUAAUUUUGUAAUAACACACACACUGGUAUAUUAUUAGUAAACAAUUACAUAAGAUUACAUAAGAAAUAUAUAUGUAAUGUGCAAAUUAAUUGUGUGAAUUAUCUUGAUAAAUCUGAAUCUUUGAAUACAAUUGCUGACACUUCAUGGUUACGUUGCACCGUCGUCACACGGUCACGAUUUUUUCGUGUCGUGCUCGCGCCUCAUACGUCACGGCCGUUGGAGAAGUGGAUAAGCGCGUGUCCGAGGCAGACAAGUUCCAUCCACGCUAAAAAUAGCCCGGUUUGUACCGAGUAUCGAAACAUUCGCUGUGCUUAUUUUUACACUUUGCUUUUGUUGCGACUACGAACGUAUCACAUCUGUAACAGUUUCCCCAGAGUCCUGCAUGGAAACAGAUGAAGACUACACCGAUGUGUGAGCUAACGGGACGCAGACCGGAAGCCCUUUUUGGUGCCGAAGACAUGAAGCAAAGACAGAGAAACUGCCUCCAGCGUUUUUUUUUCUACUAAGAAAAUGUUGGUGUGUUUGCGUGCGCCGGCCAGCCGAGGGGGGCUGGGGUUGGGGUUGAGGGGGGAUUAACGGCUGGGUUAGGGGGAGGGAGUACCGAUGACUCAUACUGUAUCUGCUGAUACUCUAUUAACACAAUGAUGUGUGGCUGUGUCGUGUGGUGAUUCAAAAUGUUACUUAAAAGUACUCUACGUAUUUAGUCCACUUAUUUGUAGUAAAAUUCCCAGAGAUUUACUUGUUUUAACUUUUAAAACCAAACGUAAAAAGGUCCUGGUUUCGAGUCUAAAACCAGCAGGUGCACAGUCCGUUUGCACUGAAUACACCGGAGUGGGAAAUAGAUAAACGCUAGAUAAAGUUCUUACAGGACGGACAAACAGGCACGUUUUCCCAAACACCUGUUAACGUCCCCGCGGGCACCAGCACCAGAACACACAACUCCGCCACGGUUGUUGUGACUAUCUACUGCCACACACACACACUCAGACACACAUGCACACACCAGAGUCAUAACUGAAUGACGGCAGGUCGCUAUGGAAACUGCGUUACACUCCGGGCGGCCGGAGGAGAAAACAAGAGUGCGAGGACUCAUUUCGGUCUUCAUUUCAGCACCACGCGCCUCCUGGACAGCGCCCGAAUGAACUCGCGCACAGUUUCUAGCCUCUUAUGCCUUAUAAGGGACGGAGUCGCAUCAUCGCCGAGCCUGACUGGAGUGGGUAGGGACUUCAGAAGAAAAACAAACCCACGUAGAACUCAACCUGCAGAGACUCUGGACCUGAAGCUCGGCGGAUAUUCAAGGUUUUGUCUCGCUGUCACGCCAGGAGCCGAUCGCUCCUACAAAUGCCACAGCAACAGGGUAGCAGCAUGUCACAAACCAAAUCUGGUCAGCGGUUCCACAGCCUGAAUGCCGAGCAGGUCGAGGUUCUCCACCAAGUUCUGUCGGAGGUGGUCCCGAUCCACGGACGCGGUAACUUCCCCACGCUGGAGCUGCGUCCUCGCGACAUCAUCAUAGCAGUGAGGGCCAGCCUGCAGAGCCAGGGCAUCACAGUGAGAGAUGUCCGUCUGAACGGCUCCACCGCCAGCCACGUCCUGGUCCGAGACAACGGAACGAGCUACAAGGACCUGGAUAUCAUCUUUGGAGUGGAGCUGCCCAGUCAGGAGGAGUUCCAGGUGAUCAAAGAGUCUGUGCUUGGCUGCCUGCUGGACUGCCUUCCUCCGGGGGUCAACAGGGAGCGGAUCAGCAGCGCGACGAUGAAGGAGGCCUACGUCCAGAAAAUGGUCAAGGUCUUCAAUGAACACGACAAGUGGAGCCUCAUCUCGCUCUCAAACAACAGCGGCAAAAACCUCGAGCUCAAGUUCGUCUGCUCCCUGAGGAGGCAGUUCGAGUUCAGCGUCGACUCCUUCCAGAUCAUCCUGGACCGUCUCCUGGAGUCCUACAUGCAGGAGGAGUCCCAGCACCGGCACCACACCGCCGAGCAGGCGGCGGAGAGUCCGAGCGAGACCGCCGCUCCGGCAGCAGAGAGCUCCACAGGUGAAGAUGUACGCGGCAAAGAGGGUUCUCAGAUCAGCCAGACACAACAGACAGACGAGACAGACGAGGCGCAUGAAAAGGAGUCACAAACAAACUCUCACUCCCAGCAAACCGAAUACUCCAACCAGAUGAAACAGUCCACAGCAGAAGCCAACAAACAGGAAACACCCACAGGGCUGAAAGAAGUGUCAGAACACAGAGGAAACUCAGAUGUUUCUGACCAGACGUCAGGAAACCUUUUGUCAGAAAGGGAACAAACCUCUGAGAAAGAUGAACCACUGACUCAGAUAGAACUCAGACAUGAGCCAGAGCUCCCAGACGAGACGAAGGUAGAACAGCCAGAGCCGACCAGGCCCUGCGACGACCAACAAGUAGCACAUUCAGAUGGCAAGGAGCUCUCUCUACAAAACAACCCCUCUAACCCCACUAAUACUUGCAAUGAAGAGAAUGAAGUCACGGAGCAGAUGGACGAAUCAGAGCCGCCUGAGAACUCAAACAAAACCCAGACUGAGCCUCUAAACCUGACAGCGCAACCGCGGCGUCCGGAGGCUGCGGAUGAAACGGGCUCCGCUAAACGUAACGCCGAGGAUCAGAGAAGCGAUGAGGAGGAUGAAGCGCCCGGUUCGUCUGCCCCCGACCCCUGCACAUCUUCACAAGCUGAGAUAGAAGUGCAGCUCGCGGGUGAGGAAAGCGAUGAAACGCUGACGGAGGAGCAGAAACCAGCGGAGAGAAACAACGAGGCAGAAAGGACGGAAGAGACCGCAGCAACUGACGCAAAAGAUAAAGAAAACACACAAGAAGUUGAUGGUUCCUGCUCCACCUCCACUGCAUGUGUUACGACCCAUCACACACAGAACGCGCAGGGGGGUCCCAGCACACUACACACAGACAACUCAGAAAAAAACCCUGACCCGCUGGAUGCCGUCUGCCCUCCACAAACUCAGGACACUCUACCUGCACCACUCAGCCUUGUCUCUGACAGAAAGACCUCCUCCUCUCCGUCCUGUAAGGCCUCAGAGAGACUCUCUCACAUGGUGGUGCUCAAACACUCCUCUCCAAAGCCCCCUCGGAGGAUGUGCAGGAAAGUUACCCCCAGCCCGGUUCCUGAAGGCGAACCUUCCCCUGUGCCGUGUCUAGAUCCAGACCCCUGCCCCAGCCCUGAACCUGAAACAGCCUUUAACACAAAACCAGCAGAUCCCAGUUCAGAGCCACCCACCAGCCCAACAAUCGAUAUUUCAACUAAAAAGAUCCCCGGGCCUGAACCCGAGCCGUCCAGUAACCUAGACCAUACCUCAGCCCCUGAUCACCUGUCCACCUCUGCUGCAGAUCCAACCUCUCCUUUACCUCAACAGCCGUCCUCUCAGCUAAACUCGCAGGGUUCAUGUGAGACAGGCAUCCAGCCUCUGGAAGAGACUCGUCCAACGCCUGUGGCUUCUGGCGACCAAAGCCAGUCCCCCUCUCCGCAACUGGUCUCUGCACCCAAACAAUCAGAACCUCUUGACUCAGUGGACGCAUUCAUUUCACAGGGUGAUACUACCGCCGACGUCCAGGAACCUGUACAUACCUCACAAGCCGAGCUCAGCGAGGAAGAUGCCAAUCAAGAGCCACAGACCAAAAAGAUGAACUUGAUUCAUCCAAGCGACCGCCCACAAGAGACCACACUAACUCCCCCCUCCCCAUCACACUGUGUUACCCCUCCUGUUGCCUGCCUAACCCCUCCACUACUCAGCCUUUCCCCUCCCUGCCUCACCCCCUCACCCCCCAGUCUUAGCCCCCCUAAUUGUCCGACCCCUCCCUCUCAGGGCCUCAUGUCUCCGAUGCUGAGCUCCGUCAGCCCGGCUACCAGCUUCAGCUCACCCCCCCUGAGCUUCAGCCCUACCUCAUCUUGUCUCAGCUCGCCUCCCUACCUCACCCCACCCAUGCUCAGCCUCAGUCCUCCACCGCUCUGCCUCACUCCCCCGUCUCCCAGCCUCAGCCCUCCCCUCCUCUGUCUCACCACACCGGCAGAGUCAGAGGGCCUCGUACCUCAGGUAUCUUCAGACGUGGAGCCUUUGAUACUGAACACAGCCAGCGAGGAAGACAUUAAAGACCCCUUGGCUCAGCCAGGAGAUUCUCUCCUCCAGAUAGAGGGAAAAAACGAACAAGAAUACGACUCCCCCCUGCCCCUGGUUGCUAAGCCUGUGUCUUUUCCAAUCACGAUCCCCACCUCCAGCUCACAUGUGCUGCCUCAGUCUCAGUCUGGAGGCCCAGGGGAAUCUACCCCUCCAAGAGCUGAUGAGGCAUCCAGCUCUGUGCCCAGGAACAAAGAGGCUCCGAAGGUAACUGCAGUCAUGCCUAAACAGUGUACUGCUCCUCGAGUAUCUGGCUCAGCCCCCGAUGUUGAGGUCCUGGCAGAGAGCAUGUAUGGCGACUUUGAGGCCGCCAUGGACCACCUGCGCUAUCGCUUAAUUGCUACCAGGAACCCAGAAGAGAUCCGAGGCGGUGGCUUGUUGAAAUACAGUAACCUGUUGGUCAGGGACUACAGACCGGCCAGCGAGACUCAGAUAAAGACACUGGAGCGAUACAUGUGCUCGAGGUUUUUCAUCGAUUUCCCUGAUGUGCAGGAGCAGCAGAGGAAGAUCCUGUCCUACUUGAAGAACCACUUCAUUGGCGAGGAAAGAAGCAAGUACCAGUACCUGAUGACCCUGCGCCGCGUGGUCGAUGACAGCACUGUGUGUCUAAUGGGACACGAAAGGCGUCAGACGCUGAACAUGAUCACGGUGCUGGCGCUGAAGGUUCUCGGAGAGCAGAAUAUUAUUCCCAACACGGACCAUGUGACGUGCUUCUACCAGCCUGCCCCCUACCUUGCAGAGCACAGCGCUCCCUACCUGCCAGAACCCAGCUACUGCAGCUACUACAUACCCCAAGGGGGUUCGGCUCUGCUUUACCAACCUUACCCCUUGCACCUGCACACGCAGACUGGACUCGUCUAAAAUGAAACACACACUCGAUUACCCCCAACACAGCCUGAUGCAAGGGACAGGUUCUUGAUAUCAAAAGAGAGCUGGAGGACGGACACUGAAAAUGGAAAAAUAACCCAGGGAUAAACUGUUUGGUCUAUAAUAGACAUACAGGAGUUUAGUGGCUUUUUACAGUAACCCCCCUUCCCCCACAGUAUUACUCUGUACGGUCCUAAUAUGAUUAUAUGUAAUUAUCUGGGCUUUAUGGGAAAAUAAUAAUUCUUCCGAUGUUGUUAAAUUUCCAGAAAAUGCUGUAUGCACUGCAUGAGUCAUAGCCCUUUGGUCUCCCUGGGAAACCAGCGGUGCUGUUGACAUUCUCACACACACACACACACACACACACACACACACACACACACACACACACACACACACACACACACACACACACACACACACACACACACACACACGCACACA